GUUUUUCUCCUCCUCGAUGGCAGGUCUGAAGGAGCACGAGAUCAGAUCCGGCCCCUUUGCUGAGGCUUUGGAAACUCUGCUGCCUGUUCUUGCUGUGGCUUGUUCGUGGCUUUAUCUCCGGCUCAGUCCUGCUCCCCGCUCGGUGAUGUGUGUGUAACUCCUGCUGGCAGAGGAGUCGCCCAGCUGAGUCUGAAUGGGUGGUUUCAGUGUGCAGCAACACGAAAAACAACAGCGGCAGUGCAGCGUUUUUCUCCUUAAACGAGUUCAGACCAUGGCGCUGCACCCGCGCAGGGUGCGCCUGAAGCCGUGGCUGGUGGCCCAGGUGGACAGCGGGAUGUACCCCGGCCUCAUCUGGCUCAACCGGGAAGCGAAGCGGUUCCAGAUCCCCUGGAAACACGCGACCCGGCACAGCCCCCAGCACGAGGAGGAGAACACCAUCUUCAAGGCAUGGGCCGUGGAAACAGGGAAGUACCAGGAAGGAGUGGAUGAGCCAGACCCUGCAAAGUGGAAAGCCCAGCUCCGAUGUGCACUUAACAAAAGCCGGGAAUUCAAUUUGAUGUACGAUGGCACCAAGGAGGUGCCCAUGAACCCCAUUAAAAUUUAUGAGGUGUGCGACAUCCCGCAGUCCCAGGGAUCAAUCAUUAAUCCAGGUUCCACUGGCUCAGCUCCGUGGGAUGAAAAGGAUAAUGAUCUUGAUGAUGAAGAAGAGGAAGAAUUGAAUCAAUCUCAACACGUCCCUAUUCAAGAGACAUUUCCAUUUCUUAAUAUCAAUGAAUCUCCAAUGGCUCCAGGCACUGCAGAAAACUGCAGCCCUGAAGCUGUGUGGCCAAAGAAUGAACCUCUGGAUAUGGAAAUGCCCCCAACUGCGCUGCAGCACGACUUCUUCAGCAGCCCUGAGCUCUGGAUCAGCUCUCUGCCAAUGACAGACCUAGAAAUCAAGUUUGAGUAUCGAGGGAAGGAGACUGGACCCACGACGACCGUGAGCAACCCUCAGGGAUGCAGACUGUUCUAUGGAGAGCUGGGCCCUAUGCCAGACCAGGAGGAGCUCUUUGGGCCCAUCAGUUUGGAGCAAGUGAAGUUUCCAGGAACAGAGCAAAUCACCAACGAAAAGCAGAAGAUCUUCACGAGUCGGCUGCUGGAUGUUAUGGACAGGGGCCUGAUCCUGGAGGUCAGCGGCCACGCCAUCUACGCCGUGCGGCUCUGCCAGUGCAAGGUGUACUGGUCGGGGCCCUGUGCGCCUUCCUCCACCACACCAAACCUGAUUGAGAGGCAGAAGAAAGUCAAACUCUUCUGCCUGGAAACAUUCCUGAGCGAGCUGAUUGCCCAUCAGAAAGGACAAAUUGAGAAACAGCCACCCUAUGAGAUCUACUUCUGUUUUGGAGAAGAGUGGCCCGAUGGCAAGCCCAGGGAGAGGAAGCUGAUUGUGGUGCAGGUCAUCCCCGUUGUGGCCCGGAUGAUCUACGAGAUGUUCUCGGGUGACUUCACGCGCUCCUUCGACAGCGGCAGCGUGAGGCUGCAGAUCUCCACCCCUGACAUCAAGGACAACAUCGUGGCCCACCUGAAGCAGCUCUACAGGCUGCUGCAGAACCACCAGGAGGGGUGGCCCAUGCAGGCACCCCCCCUGCACAUGGCACAGCCGCUCCCGGCACAGUGACAUAACCCCUGGCUUUGCCCCACCCUGGGGGUUUCUUUCCGUUGUACAUAUAGAAAAGUGUUUCUUAACCAGUGCCUUGCCUGAACCUGAAUAAAUAAAAUCUGUAAAUCUGGCCAUCUGAUUCCAUAAUUUCCUAGGUGCUUUUUGUUCUGGAAGCCUUUAAACUGAGGGGUUUACAGGAAUGCUUCUGACUCCUUCACCCUUUUCAGCUGUUUUGCUUAAGCAACCCCAGUGUAUAAAUCAGAUUUUCAAUUCUGUAAUAUUUUUUUUAAUCUGCUAUUGAUACAUUGUAUAUAAGCACUUGAUCAUUAGAGGGGGGAAGAUAAAAUAA